GCUUGUAGUUUUGUGGUUGUAGUUGUCCAGCAAAGGAAGAAUGGCUGACGUUAAACCAAUUAAUGACUCCACUGAGAACAGUGAUGAGGAAACGCCUCUCAUUGCAUCACAACCAAAAUGGCGGCAACCAAGAACGAUCGUAGUCGAACCCUUGCUGUGCAUUGUGGCUAUGUGUUGGAAAGGUCGGAUUCCUCUGAUACAGUACUACCUCACGGAACGGUUUACUUCACAGAAUCCAGUGCUUUCAAAUGAAUCGUAUGCUCCUCUAACGAAUGGGAAUGAUACAUGUUCUAGCAACCGCAGUGACCCAUGGUACAUAGCAACUCAACAUGUCCAGGAAAAGACCUCGCAAUGGAUACUCUAUCAAAACAUGGUGAUGUUCACUUUGGCCUUGCUUUCUGUGCCAUUUUACGGUGCGUUUUCUGACUACGCUGGCAGACGCAUUGUCCUUUUGAUCCCCUGUGUGGGCUUUGCACUCCACAUGUUGGUGAAUACAUUGGUGAUCUUUCUGAACCUGGAGCCGUGGAUAAUGCUCAUAGGAGCAGCGAUCGAUGGCAUCAGUGGUUCACCGAGAGCAUUAUCUAUGGCAGCUUGGGCGUACAUCGCUGACACGAACGUCAAAGAAGCACGUGCGAGACGCUUUGUCUUGUUGGAGGCCUGCUACGGCUUUGCAUCAGGAGCUGCUCAGAUUGCUCUUGGGUAUUGGAUAAAAGCAACAAGUAUACUACCUCCCUCUAUAUUUCUGACAGGAUGUCUGUUGUUCUGCUUCAUCUAUAUCAUGUUCUUCGUCCCUGAGCCACGAGUCCUGAGAAGAGAGAGACUUGGUGUCUGUGACUAUCUGUCUGGUAUGGUGCAGGUUUAUACCAAGAAAGAUCCUGAUGGACAACGUCAUCGAGGACAGCUCCUGAUACUCCUACUUGCCUUGUUCCUUUACGUCACACCAGGGACAAACAAGGCAUCCUUGCUGACCCUCUUUACGACAGACCCUCCUCUCUGUUGGGGAGCUGUCUUAGUUAGUUAUAGUUAUGGUGCGAUCUACACCUCUGAGAACCUCGGCGGUCUGGUGGGUGUACUGGUCUUCAAGCGGCUUGGCCUGACUGAAGCUGGGAUAGGUGUGGUCUCAUUACUCUCUGCCUUGCCUUGUUAUGUCAUGAUUGCAUUUAGUUGGAAGACUUGGAUGGUUUUCGUUGCAAGUGUGUUUGUGUUAUUCGGCAACCUGAUAUAUCCCAUGAUCGUGACCCUCAUAUCAAAUGCCUGCGAAGCCAAUGUCCAAGGUUCAGCGAUGUCAGGAGUCAUCUGGAUUGACACGCUCUGUUCCCUCUUUGGAGGUGUGCUGCUCAAUGAGAUAUAUCAGGAGACACUCUUCUUUAUGAAUGGGUUUGUCUUCCUCGUCUGUGGUGGCAUGGUUGGCCUGAGUCUUCUUGUCUUCAUUUGUGCAACUUUCGUGAUAAAACAGCCACAGCAUGUGCCAAAGUAAAGCUGUCUGAUGAGGUCCACAAGACUCCUGGAGCAGUCCAUUGCGUCAUCCUAAUUGGGUCUCCUUAUGUGAGGAACGAGGUCGGUCCACUGCAUCCUGAGUGUAGUCUCCACCAUCAUGCAGCAUGUUAGGAC